CAACUUACAUAUAGUCGCUAUAUUUAUAUAUAGUUAAUUUCAGAGUCCUGACUCAGGACUCCUGAGUGGACGUAACCUUAUAUUUUGAUAGUGUGUGCGCACGGUGUGCGUGUAUUCGUGGACUUGUGCAUUGGCUCGAAAAUCUAAAAAUUAAUAAUGUUAAGGUUUUCUCUUUGUGAAAGAAAUUAAUUAAAUAACUACUGUUACUACACGUAACAUGUCAUAAAGGUAUAGUAAACGAAAUGGGCAACGAGUCGCAGAUCGUUAGCAUCCUUAAUGAGAUUCUCAGGGUGGAAGCUAUAGAAGAGGCGUUUAGCUGCAUCAUAGUGCACGACACAAGCAACGAAAAAGAGAAGCUAACGAGAUGGCAGGGAGAACUUACAACUGCUAUGUUGAGUCUGACGCCAGAGCAGCAAGAAAACGCCAUACGAAAGUUUUUGCAUACCCUGGCAGACACGACCAAUUGCAAACGUAUGCAUUUAAUACUAUCGCUGUUGGAAAAUAUGGUUUCAACCAAUGUUCUGCCUGCCAAGUUGGUUUGCGAUUGUAUAUUGAGCUGUGACAAGUUGCAAUAUCAAAAUGAAGAGUUUUGGAUCAAGUGUUUCACUUUGAUCAGACGUAUAAUUGGUGGUGUUGAUUACAAGGGUGUCAGACAAAUCAUGAAGGCAUGUAAAGAAAAAGCUCAUUCGUUGCCUACUAGACUGGAUGCUUCGGUACAACCUCAGAUGAGGGUCUUGGAAAAUCUGAUUGAGUACAUAUUUGACAGGAAUGCGUGUCUGUUGCCUAGUUAUUUGAUUAUCAAUGAGCUUCAGAAACUUCCGGAGAACAAUGAGUGGCCUCAUUGGCUAAAAAAAUUGAUAUCAAACUUUAUAGAAAGUUUUCGACAUGUAGUACAAAUGAUUUCGAUUGUUGGCCAUUCAAAAAUGUUGCCAGUUGUUGAGCACUCAGGGUAUGGAGAUCACUUGGUGGUUCCAUGGGUGUUGGAACGUGAUACGUUACAAUUUAAGUUCAGAGGAUUUCUUCCUUAUGAUGCAGAAAUGUUGAAACCACAGACUGAGCUUUUAAGAUAUGUUUUGGAGCAACCUUACAGCAGAGACAUGGUUUGUUCAAUGCUAGGCCUACAAAGCAAAACUCAACAACAAAUCACAAAAUGUGCAGCUUUGGAAGAACAGCUAGUAGAGCUAGUGAUAAAAACCAUGGAAAAAGCAGAAAAUGAACCUACACCUCCAGAAGGCUCAGAAGAGGCGGCAACAAAUCAUUGGCCGUGGCUACACUUGUCAUCAUUGAUAAUUUGUUAUGUAUUAGCACAGUUUGCUGUUUUUCCAAGUUUUGUUCUUGCCAUACACGACAAGCUUGUUGGCAGAGAAUGGAAGAAAUCUCGGGACCAUCUUAUGUGGGUUUUACUUCAAUUUAUUUCUGGCAGUAUUCAAAGAAAGCCUAUUGCAAUAUUUUUACCAAUUUUUAAACUGCAUGACCUUUUAUACCCUGAAAAAGAAUCACUGCCUGUUCCAAAUUUAAACAAUUUGGCGUGCACUCAUCAAAUGGCUGCUGUUUCGAUCUGGAUACAUCUUUUAAAAAAGACUCAUACAGAUCAUUCCAAUAUUCAUAGAUUUAUUCCUCAUAAUCUAAAAACACAUCACGAGUUUAUUCAACACAUGGCCUUGCAAAACACGUCUCUUUGCAUGGGCUCAGAUUAUAGAAUAACAUUAUUGUGUAAUGCUUAUUCAACUUGUAAUGAUUUAUUUACGAGACCAAUGGCUGUUCUGGUAGAAUCAGUAUUGGGUACACAAAAGUCGCAGAAUCAGCAGCAGCAGCCUCUGCAAGGUUUGCAAAAUAAUUCGUCACUGGCAAAUAGUCCCACAGCUCCACUGCCCAUGUCCAUACUCGAUUCGUUAACCGUCCACGUAAAAAUGAGCUUAAUACACAGUAUUGUUACACAUGUGGCCAAAUCAGCCUCAACAAAAAGUAACUUGCCACUGCCACCGGCCCUUGUUGAGACUUACAGUAGAUUAUUAGUGUACACAGAAAUCGAAAGUAUUGGUAUCAAAAAAUUCAUCAAUCAAUUAUUACCGACCGUUUUUAAAGCUCAUGCUUGGGGUAUACUUUAUACGCUCUUGGACAUGUUUAGUUAUAGGAUGCAUCACAUCCAGCCAACCUACAGAGUACAAAUUCUGAGUCAUUUGCACAGUCUUGCCGCCGUGCCACAAACUAAUCAAACUCAGCUUCAUCUCUGCGUUGAAAGUACUGCUCUGCGUUUAAUAACUGGCCUAGGCUCAGCCGAAGUUCAGCCGCAUCUGUCAAGAUUCUUGUCUGAACCAAAAACUCUCGUCUCUGCUGAUUCAGAGGAACUCAACAGAGCUUUGGUACUGACCUUAGCCAGAUCCAUGCACAUAACUGGAACGGGAUCAGAUAGUAUUAGUGGCACAUGGUGUAAGGAGUUACUUAACACGAUUAUGCAAAACACACCCCACUCGUGGGCAGAUCAUACGUUGCAGUGCUUCCCGCCUACACUGAGUGAAUUUUUUCAACAAAAUAGUAUUCCAAAGGAAGAAAAGCAACAGAUAAAAAAAGCUGUUGAAGAAGAGUACAGAAAUUGGGCUUCCAUGAGCAACGAAAAUGACAUAAUUGCUCACUUUUCCGUCCCAAACACACCUCCUUUAUUCCUCUGUCUUUUAUGGAAAAUGAUUGCAGAAACGGAUCGUAUCAAUCCAAUAAUUUACAAAAUUUUAGAGAGAAUUGGAGCUCGAGCUUUAUCCACCCAUCUUCGGAGAUUCUGUGAUUAUAUUGUCUUUGAAGUUUCAAGUUGCGCUUGUGAUGGCAGUUACGUUAACAAAAGUGUCGACGCUAUUAAUGACAUGAUUUGGAAGUAUAAUAUUGUUACGUUUGAUAGAUUGGUCUUAUGUUUGGCACUCAGAACUCUCGAAGGUAACGAAGCCCAGGUUUGUUUUUUUGUAAUACAAUUGUUGCUGCUAAAGGCGGCGGAAUUCCGCAAUCGAGUAGUUGAGUUUGUCAAAGAAAACUCACCAGACCACUGGAAACAGUCAAACUGGCAUGAGAAGCACUUGGCCUUUCAUCGCAAGUUCCCAGAGAAAUUCGCUCCUGAAGGAUUCAUUGAACAAUCAUCCGGUAGCCCAAAUCAGUACCAAACUUUUCCGGCCUACUUUGGUAAUGUUUGUUUGAGGUUUCUACCAGUUUUCGACAUAGUGUUGCAUCGUUAUCUUGAAAUUCCGCAAGUUACCAAGAGCCUUGAAGUGCUCUUAGAGCAUUUGGGUUGUUUGUAUAGAUUUCACGAUCGGCCAGUUACUUAUUUGUACAACACUUUGCAUUAUUAUGAAAAAAAAUUACGAGAUAAGCAACCGUUAAAAAAGCGCCUCGUCACAGCAAUAUUAGGCUCACUAAGAGAAAUCAGAGCACCUGGCUGGGCUUUGUCUGAUGCUUACCAAAGAUACAUGGCUCGACCAAAUGACGACGUCAAAUGGCAGCCGGAAUUAGAGUACUACGUUCGUUUGGUUCAACGGCUAGUUGAAACUAUAUCAGGUAGAGCACAAUUUCCAACGACAGACUGGAGAUUUAACGAAUUCCCCAAUCCAACCGCUCAUACGCUGUACGUAACGUGCGUUGAACUGAUGGCACUACCGGUAGCUCCGAACGUAGUUGCAAAUAAUUUGCUUGACGUAGUAGCCAAGGGGUACACGAUAAUUCCAUCUGACGAAAUCCAUUUGUGGAUCAACUGCAUUGGCAUAAUAAUGACAUCACUGCCCGAAUGUUACUGGUCAACUUUGCACAAUCGUCUUGUCGACACAAUAACGAGCUUAGGCUCGACCAGUUGGCAGUACGACAAUUUAUCACCAUUCCAGUUGUACAAUUUUAAUUUGACACAUAACAGUUUUUUUGAAAAUAAAUACAGUUAUAUGAUUGCUCUUGCUCAUUCUAUUUGGCAUCACGCUGUACUCGGACAAAUCGUCACUAUGGCUCAAAUAAUGAAAGAAAAAUUUCUACCCAUUGUUAAGACUGAAGAACAAUUGCUAUUUGUUUGCCACUUGGUGGGUCCACUUUUGAACCGCUUUAACUCAGAAAAGUCUCAAAAGUCUGUCUUGGAAACUACCAUGUUGCUGUACAUGAUGCUUGAUCAAGUGAAUUGUUCACAAACGCAUAUUAAGCACAUGGACCCGAUAUGUGAUUUAUUCUACCACAUUAAGUACAUGUUCAUAGGUGACUCGAUGAAGAAUGAUCUCGAUGUGAUAAUCCGAAGGUUGCGACCUGCCUUACAAAUGAGGCUGCGUUUUAUUACUCGCUUAAGUAUUGACGAGAUACAAGCUUCUUGAGAUUCGCAUUUGAUUGUUUCUGUCACGGAUAUUGAUACAACAACUGCUGAUGCUGUGGUACAAAAAGAAGUCGACAACAAGGCUUUUUAAUCGCACUCGAUCGCAACGCUUUUCACGUACGUCGUUUUUUUUCAUAAAGAUUAAAUUUUGCGAAAAAAAUCAAUGUUAUCAUCACUUCGUCAGUAAUGAUAAUGCAUUGUUUUGAAAAUUAAUGCUUUACCAACGGGACAUUACUGAAGUAUCGUGACA